AUGUCUCUAAUACUUUUUUCUAUAAUAUAGUUUAUUGUUUUUCUAUCUUUUUCUCUCUCUUUUAUAAUCUGAUCAGAAUCUCUACCAGCUAAGAUCAUCUUUGAGUAGAUAAGAUUGGUGGUUGAGUCCAUUGCUUCUCUCUUUCAUUUUUUGAAGACUACAACAGGUACUUAGAUAUUACUUUUGAUUUUGAUGCUAUAACGCAUUUUUGGUUAUAUCUCAAUAAUUGGUAAAUGGGAUCUGAAGGGCCUCUUGCACCUGCAGUAGCAGUAACAGUUCAUGUGACGGGAUUUAAGAAAUUCCAUGGUGUUUCAGAGAAUCCAACUGAGACAAUUGUCAGUAAUCUCAAAGAGUAUGUGAAGAAAAAGGGGUUGCCAAAAGGUCUAACUCUUGGGAGUUGCAGCAUUCUUGAGACUGCAGGACAGGGAGCACUUGCUUCCCUAUACCAGACAUUGCAAUCUGCCAUUGGUGGAAAGGAUUCUGAAUCUUCAACUUCUGGAAAAAUUAUUUGGCUACACUUUGGAGUUAAUAGUGGUGCAACAAGGUUUGCCAUUGAGCAUCAAGCUGUCAAUGAAGCCACUUUUCGUUGUCCUGAUGAGUUGGGAUGGAAGCCCCAGAAACUCCCCAUCAUUCUUGCAGAUGGUGACAUUUCACACACUCGACAGACUUCUCUUCCUGUUGAGGAGAUUACCAAGGCCUUAGCAAAGAUGGGUUAUGAAGUGAUGACAUCAGAUGAUGCAGGACGGUUUGUAUGCAAUUAUGUUUACUAUCAUUCCCUUCGGUUUGCAGAGCAAAAUGGGAACAAAUCGCUGUUUGUGCAUGUGCCUCUCUUCUUGACUAUAGAUGAGGAUACGCAAAUGCAGUUUGCUGCAUCCUUGUUAGAGGUACUUGCUUCUUUAAAUUAAGAGCAUCCUGCCCCAACCUUAUGUCCAGGAGCUUGUGUGGUUGCUUAUAUUGGCCAUGUAUGUAAAAAAAAGUGGUUCGAUGCAUAAUAAAUAGCAAGCGUGUUUUAAUGAAAAGUGAAACUAUGGCACAUGCAAUUCAUGUAUUUUGGUGAAUGCUUUUUAAAGGGUACUGGAAACUCGCGGAAAUCUUUUGAAAUCUCUUAUGCCAAUUUGUGAAUGAAAUGCCAGUUUUAUUAUA